AAUUUUAGACUUGACAAACUUCAGAAUUAUGUUUUUUCCCACCAGUGUUUAGUAAUCACCUACAUUCUUCAGCUGGUGUGGAUGUUAAUCUUGGCAUCUUUGGUGGUUAUCACUUUUGUUUUCCUGGUUAGCUGGGGACUGUGUAACCAUGUGGAGGUUACUGAUGCUCAUAAACAAUGCAUUGAUUUCAGUCACUAUGAUUUCAUGUUUCCACAAGGUACGAGAUACGAAGACUUGAACCUUUGCUCUGAGGGUAAAAUAAAGCAGUUUUGUAAAGAUUAUGUGGAACAAGCUGCAGUCAUGUACUUACUAGCAACAGCAGCAUGUGUACUGGUCAUUGUCAGUUUGGUUCACUAUCUAAUAUGUCUGUCAGCUAACUAUGCCUACGUCAAGGACAAUGGAAAGUUCCGGGACUUACGAGAAUUACAAUACCUGCAGGAAUCAGAGCUUGGCACCCUGCCAAAGGAUAGAUUUUAGGACAUAAGCCAAGAAAUUUUUAGAGGAGGACAUCAUUACAGGAAUCGUAAAUAACAACACAUUUCAAUCUAUUUCACAGGAAUCAUAAAUAACAACACAUUUCAAAACUAUUUCACAGGAAUCGUAAAUAACAACACAUUUCAAAACUCUAUUUCACAGGAAUCGUGAAUAAAUUUUAAAAACCUAUUUCACAGGAAUCAUAAAUAACACAUUUUAAAAAUCUAUUUCACAGGAAUCGUAAAUAAUAACACAUUUUAAAAAUCUAUUUCACAGGAAUCGUAAAUAACAACACAUUUUAAAACCUAUUUCACAGGAAUCGUAAAUAACACAUUUCAAAACUAUUUCACAGGAAUCGUAAAUAACAACACAUUUUAAAAACUCAAUUUCACAGGAAUCGUAAAAUAACAACACAUUUUAAAAACCUAUUUCACAGGAAUCGUAAAUAACAACACGUUUUAAAAAUCUAUUUCAAAUAAAGACAGCACUUGUAAAUCCCAUUUUUCUCUUAUGAAUAAUUCAGAUUUUACUCAUUUACUAAACAAACGUAAUAUUUGUUAUUAACAAAUAUAUAUUCCAGUGGUUUACUAUGGUCAAUUUCCUGUAGUACUUUCUUCUCCAAAAAUUUCUUGGCGAGACCAAAUAAUGUAAAGCUGCUGGACGGUCCCUCUUCAUUGGUUGAAUCUGUACUGAUAAUGUUAAGUGCUUCUAAUAAGGCUAAAGUCUUUGAAAAAAAGCAUGAGAAUGUUUUAACGUUUAGAAUGAGGUGGUACUGUGUGGCAGUUUUGACAUUUUUUUUUUUAUGUGUAUAUGUAUCCAGUUUUUUCUGUGUACAUAUCCUUUUUUUUCUGUGUAUGUCUUUGGAUAUAUCCUGUUUUUUCUAUGUCUUUAUGUAUACCUUGUUCUAUGUCUGUUUAUUGAACCUGUUUUCCCCUACAUAUGUCUGUUAUACUCAGCUUGUCUCUCUACACAUGUAUUACACCCAGCUUUCCCCACAUAUGUGUAUUAUACCCUGCUUUAACUUGUCUGUGUAUAAAAGACUCUUUUUCUUAUACAUAUUCCCAGUGGUUUAAUGCUUAAUUUUAUAGUGUUGGAGCCUUGCCAAAAUUUGUCAGGUGUGUGAUAUCAACGUCAGAGUAAAGAUCUCGUAUUUAAAGCCUAACUUACAUUUUUAUAUAAGGAUAAUAUAUUCAGCACUAAUUAUUUAAGUCUGUUUACAUUAGUAAUAUAUUUAAUAACACAACUCAACUUCGUUUAAAGAAAACAACAACUGGGUACCAUAUUUACAAUACUCAUAGUCUCCUUCAACUUCAGUUUUAGUAAUAAUUGUCUGCAAACAGUAUUAACAACUUUGACUUUUAUAAUACUUUCACACCUCUUAUCCUGCUAACACGAUUAAAAAAAAAAGCAAUCAUUAUUGUGUAAUAUGUAUAAGCAUUUAAAAAAAAGUGUUCAAUUUAAACAAACAAUGUAAUUAUAAAAUGUAUUUUAUUAAGUGUUGUAAUAUCAUAUCCAUGUGUUUAAAGACCAUGUGAUGUAUGAGAAAAACAUUUCACCAUUUUAACAUUCUGCCAUGUACUCUUGAGCUGGAGCAGUCAUACGGUGCCUGAUGCCAGCUCCUGGGGAAAAGUGACAGAGUGUGAGGAGGAUCACAAACAGUCAGAUUAUUUCCCUGACACUCUGUGAGUUUGGUUUUGAAAGACAAUUAAUUUGAGUCUAAAUUGAAUAACAUAUUGUUAGUUUCAGAAAUAUCAAAAUUGGCCCUAAGUUCAGGUGCCAGAGUGGAACUCCAGUUAUACUAAAACUUCUGCAUAUACCUGAGUGCAUAUCGUUUUUCUUUUGCCUAUGCCUGUGUGCAUGUAACUUCUCUCCUGUAUAUGCCUGUUUGUGUAACCUGUUUUUUCUACAUAUGUAUGUGUAUAUAACUUUUUAAACAUAUACUUGUUUAUAUAACCUAAUUGUUUUCACAUAUAUCUGUUUGCAUAACCUGUUUUUACUUUCAAACCUUGUAAAAAAUAUGUUUCUCUAUAGAGUCGCAGCUGCUUUUACCCAAUAACCUAAAUGUUUCUCUGCAGCAUGAGUGACAAUCAACACUGUUAACGCUGUACGCACAGUUCAGCAUUUUAAUGUGCCUUAUAAGUUCUGAUUGAAUAUUUUCAUUAAAUUGUGUUAAUUGUUAACAUUAUAAAACUUGGGAUCAGGAUCUAACAUUACGACUGUUUUGUAUGGUUGAAUUAUGUCUUUCAAGUUGUAUUAAUGGAGUUAUUUUAUGAGACAUUUUUGUUUUUGAGCUAUUAUUUGUACAUGUUAACUUCAGUUUCUC